UAACAAGAUGGGGUGGAGCUUUGCUGGAAUUCUCCCAAUUUGGAGAUAUCAAGGAAUCAAAGAAGAUGCUUCAAGAUGUUGUGUCAAAAUUGGACGAGGCAUUGGCUAUCAAUCCUGCAAAACAUGAGGCUCUGUGGUGCUUAGGGAAUGCCCACACUGCUAACGCUUUUCUAACCCCGGACCAUGAUGAGGCUAAGAUUCAGUUUGAGCAAGCAUUUCAAUGUUUCGAAAAGGCUGUAGAAGAGUGUCCUGGGAAUGAACAUUAUCUCCAAUCUUUGGCAUCCUGUGCUAAGGUAUUCAACUAAAUUUGUUAACUUGUUUCUCUUUGUGGUUUCUUAUCAGUUGUUCUAGGUUAGGUGUCUUGCUAAUAUUGUUAUA